AAUUUGUUUAGUACGAUUUGUUUACUUUGCAGAAAAUUAAAUUGAACGUCGUAAAUAUUACAAAAAAGGCGUGUCAUUUGUUCCAGAGCGUUCUUGAACAUAAUUUGACGAUGGCAAGUAAUCUCUCCGCAAUGGUUACACAGACUGUUGCUUCAAAAGUGCAUUUCUCAGAGCUGUGUGGGUUGUUGGAAAAAAUCUCUAAGACCCAGGGAAAUGACAAAAAGAAACGCAUUCUUCAAGCUUUUGUAGCAAAGUGGAGGGAAUCACAUGCAACAAUUCACACAGAAAAUGACAAAACGACAGACUCGUUUUAUCCAGCUAUGCGUUUGUUGUUGCCACAUUUGGAGAAAGAGAGAAUUGCAUAUGGAAUUAAAGAGCACAUGUUUGCCAAGCUGCUGAUCGAGGUGCUGUGUCUUGGCAAGGACAGCCCAGAUGCUCAGAGACUGCUCAACUACAAAGCUCCAAAGACGGCCAAGGCUGAUGUGGGAGACUUUGCAAGCGUUGUGUACUUUGUGCUGCAAAACCGGUGCCCAAGUCAUGGCACACUCUUUAUAGAGGAGGUGAAUGCCAAUCUGGACGCCAUAGCAACCAACAAUGCGGCUAAGAAGAAGGAUGUAGUGAGGAAACACAUUGUGAAACUCAUCACAAACAUGUCGGCCCUGGAGUUGAAGUGGCUGACUAGAAUGAUAGUAAAGGAGCUGAAGAUGGGCCUCAGUCAGGCCUCUGUCCUGUCUGUGUUCCACCCAGAUGCUGAGGAGUUCUACAAUGUCAACAAUAACCUCGAAAAGGUGUGCCGACUCAUGCAUGACCCAAAUGUUCGCAUCCAUGAGAUAGGCAUCUCAGUGUUUUCCCCGUUCACACCCAUGCUGGGAGAGCGGGCGUCACCAGAUAAGGUGGAGAAAUUGAUGGAAGGGAAGCCAUAUAUAAUUGAGACCAAAUUUGACGGAGAGAGAAUGGUGCUCCACAAAAAUGAUGGAGACUACAAAUUUUUCUCAAGAAGUGGUAAUGAGUACACUGAUACCUUUGGCUCGAACCGGUACGAAGGCAAUCUGGUGCCUUAUAUCUACAAUCUGUUCAAAUCUGACGUAAAGAACUGUAUUCUAGAUGGAGAAAUGUUACAGUUUCAUCCAGAGACCAAAACAUAUGCAACAAAAGCCAUGAACACUGAUGUAAAAUCAGCAAGCAAAGAAGGCUUCCAGCCAUGUCUGCAGGUGUUUGACGUGAUGUUCUACAAUGACAAGGUGCUUACAAACCUCCCGCUGAGAGAGCGUCUUGGCUACCUGGAGAAGGUCUUCACACCAUGUGAGGGACGCAUGAUGAUAAGUCAGCACAGAGAGGCUCGCACAAACCAGGACUGUGCCGAUGCACUGAAUGAGGCUAUCGAUGGCAGAGAGGAGGGUAUCAUGGUCAAGAACCCGGAUUCAGUGUACAGACCUAAUACACGUAAGGGAGGAUGGUUCAAGGUGAAACCGGAGUAUGUCGGAGGCCUUAUGGAUGAGCUGGAUGUGUUAGUGGUAGGCGGAUACUUCGGUGUGGGUCACAGGGCGGGCAUGAUGUCACACUUUCUAUGUGCUGUUGCCUUGCCAACAGAGGAUGGCAACAAACCUGACAUCUUCUACUCCUUCUGCAAGAUUGGGUCUGGGUACAGCAAGAAAGAACUGCAGGAUUUCAAUGCCAAGCUGGCCGAGCACUGGCAGGUGUUUGACAAGAAGAGUCCACCCACUAGCAUCGAGCUGGCGCCCGGUUUUAAGGAGAAGCCUGAUGCGUGGAUUGAGCCCAGCAAGUCAUGCAUUGUCCAGAUCAAAGCAGCUGAGAUAAUUGAUAGUGAGAGGUUCAGGUGCGGUGUUACCUUGCGGUUCCCGAGAGUUGAGCGUUUCCGUGACGACAAACACUGGUACGAAUGUAUGACAACCACAGACAUCAAAGAGCUCAAGGAGAAGUCCGGUGGUAAGCUGGCAGGUGGCUAUGUAGAGCUGGGAGACACAGAGGAGCCGAGCAAGAAGAAACGCAAGGUCGUUACCCGGACAGUACGACCAACGCUUGGGGAACAGUUUCGGGCAGCAGAUACUUCAAAUGUGCAACAGGUGUCCAAGAUUCUGGAAGGCCGUGAGGUGUGUAUUAUCAACGGCCCUGGCGGUUGGAAUAAACAAAAGCUGGAAAGAAAAGUAGUUGAGUGUGGUGGAACUAUUGUACAGAACCCAGACAUAAAAGAGACUUAUUGCGUUGUGGUAGACAGACCGGUGUUUCGGGUAUCCAACAUGCUCAAAUCCAACAACUACGACAUUGUCAGCGCAGACUGGCUCCUCAGAUGCUUUGACAGCAAUACACUCAUUCCAUGGUGCCCUGGGGAUAUGCUGAGUACGAAGCCCUCCACACAGCGUCUGAUUCAACAGGAGUUUGAUGAGCAUGGUGAUAGCUAUGUGGAGGACACAGAUCCAGACUGCUUGAAACAAAUCAUGGCUAAUAUCACUGUUAAACCGUCAGAUAAGCUGAGUAACCAUGACAUUGCAGAGCUAGAAGAGAAAUACUUCCCAGACGAAUCGCCAUAUGGUCUGUUCAGAACCUGCAAACUGUACAUGGACAGCAAUGCUGUGGUGGGAGAAGCUAGUACCCACAUCAAGGACAGCUCCCUGGACUUCCUCACCCUGGAGUUACGGUACUUUGGUGCCGAGAUCUCAACUACCCUCUCUCCUGACCUCACCCAUGUCAUGGUGGACACCAGAGAUACCAGUCGUGUUCCAGAAAUCAAACUUGAGAGACGCAGUCGAGCACGCAAAUUCCACAUAGUGACAGAGGCCUGGGUACGCGCCUGCAUGGACGAGGGAGGGCUGGUGAAUGAGAGGGCAUAUGAACUCUGUCAAUUAACAAAUUAGCCAUGUGAUUAUGAUUGGCCCUGUGAACUCAUUUUAACGAAUUACCAAGGCAGCUACAUAAGCAGAAUUGUUCUUAUAAAGAUCCAGUGAAUGAUAGUCAAAUACUCAUCGCAGAUGAUUAUGCAUCCCUCUUUGAAAAGGAUAGUACAGUUGUUAUUUACCCUUGUAGUGUCUGUUGAUACGAUUGUUGGAUUGUUUUCAAUCAUUCAGAAUUUGCAACAAACAAAACUGAUGAUUUGAAUGUUUAAUUUUUAAGGAAGUAUGUUUUAAUAGUUUGUGAUAAAGAGUUGCCAUUUGUUUCUCUGUGAUUCUGCAAUAUACUUAAUUAUUCAAUGCUUAGUCAUUUUUUGUUCUUAGUUGAUUUGUAAGAAUAAUUGUUUGCAUGUUUGAAUAUUUGUGAAGUCACUUUUAAAUGAUAAUUUCCAAACAAAAGAUAAUUUUGAAGUUCAGUGAACUUUGACACAUGUAUUAAACAAACUUGUUUUGCUACAAAGGCGAACCAAAAUUACAUGUGUAGAUUUUUGUCACAAUCAUUAAGUUUGGCGCCUGAAUUUAUACUUAUGUGUGCACACUUUUUUGCGUAUUUCUUUGUCCCCAGCGUUCAAUUGUAGCAAUUGACAGGGUGCACACUUCAUAUUACCAGGAAAGAGUGAAAGCAUCAAACCAAAGUGCCUGUGUUUAGUUACACCUUGUUUUAUAAGCUCACCUGAGCAUGAAGGGGUCCUUCUAGAGGACACAUUUUUCAUCCAAUCAGGAUGAAACUUAUUUUAAAUGUUUAUCCUGAAAAUAUUACGCACGAGUUCAAAUCUGGCUGAUGUGCGUCAACGAGGUUAUCAGGUUACAUCUCAGAAAAGCUAAUAUUCACUAUUCAUUUAUGAAACUUGGUCAGAAUGAUUGUCUUGGCCGAGUUCCAAUCAGGGUCAUGUUCUUCCAAGAACUAUCACCAGGUCGAAUCUAAGAAAAACCUUGUUAUCACACUAGCCAUAUUUAAGAUGCAAUCUUGAUGAAACCUGGUCAGAAUAACUUGACAAUAUAUAGGCUGAGAUUGAAUUUGGAUCACGUGCUUCAAAACACAAGGUCACCAGGGCAAAUCUUAGAAAAACCUUGUUCUUGUUUCCACUACAGAAGCAACAGUGAGACAAUCUUGACUGAACUUUGUCAGAAUGUUUUUUCUUAACCCUUUGCAUGCUGGGAAAUUUGUCGUCUGCUAAAAUGUUGUCUGCUGAAUCUCUUAAAUUACCAUUCUCUUCGAUUUUUUUUCAAAGAAUACUAUCAGAAUAGCAAACAGUUUGGAUCUUGAUGAGGAGCCACUUUCUGUGGCGUCUCAUCUGGAUCCAAACUGUUUGCAAAGGCCUUCAAAAUUCGGUUUCAGCACUGUAAGAGUUAACAAUAUCAGGUCCGAGUUUAAAUCUCAGUCACAUGCAUCAAAAAGCUAGUUCAGCAGGUCAAAUCUUUGACAAUCUUUAUCUUACUUACUGGUACCUCUCUAAGGCCACAUGUAUAACUUAAUACAUGUAUUGAGAACACAUGGUCAGAAUGUGUAUCUAAACAACAUGAAAGCAAUUCAAAAAUACGGUUUUAGAUAAGUCAAGAAUUAGUUCACAGGUCAAGUGUGUUACAAUUUCUGUACUUCUAUUCAAUGCUUUAGGGCCAUCAUUGCCCUCUUGUCUUGUUUCCAAAUUCCCACCUUGUGCCCAUUUGCAAAAGAUAAUUUAAACCAUGGUCUGGGAAAUACCAGUAAAAUAAUGUCUUCCAUUUCAAUUACAAUUGAAAAAUGUUUUUGUCAACCUUGCUUCUUAAUUCAUUUGAACAUAGUGAUUUUGAGUUUUGGACAUUGUUGUUAAGGUGAGAACAUAUGUAUCUGUAAAGAUAAUA